GCCCUCGUGCCCGGGGCCUCGAUGGUGCCCGGCGUUGGCCGUCCCGCUGCUCAGCUGUUUGAGCCAAAUCCUUAGGACGGUGGACCCGCCACAGGUGUCCUGAGGGCUGGCCCUCUGGCUGGCUCGUCCCUGUCCCUGACUUCACUGCUCUGAUGUCACAGCACAGCAGCUCUGCCGUUGCUAUGGCAGCGGCCCGCCCCAGUUCACCAGCUGGCAGACGAGGGCUGCCAGAGGAGGUGGGAGCUGCCAUUCCAGCCAGCCUGGGUCCGUGGCCCGGGACCCCAGGCAGAACAGCCCAGGGUGAGGUUCCCGUGGUGUCCAGCCCUGAGCUGCUGCGGGGACGGGUUCUCUGUGCCCAGCUGUUCGCCAGUUCCUGCCUCGCUGAUGUGCUCUCGGUGGUCUCACUCAGUCAUCUGGAGGCACGCACAGGCCGUGCUCGCUCUCCGGGCAGUGGCGAGCACCCUCCUGCCCUCGCGGGCCUGACGUGGAACAGCCGUGGCAUCUGUGGCUCCUCGGCCACCCGCUCCCACCAGCAUCUCUCCGACACCAUGGCCUCCAAGAUCUCCCACGCGAAGCAGGGGGCAGAGAGAGCCGCUUACCAGAGUCCCCAUCCCGGCGACCAGGCCUUGCUUCCGAAGCAGAAACACAAGUUGCUGCAGGUCCCAGAGAAAGGCCACCUGGCCGUGCAGAGGAGGCUGGACCCGGGGCCGUGGAGGAGCCCGCAGCCUCAGCACUGGGCCGAGGAGCUGAGGUCGGGCUGGCCAGAGGCCCCCCACCCGCGCGCCCGCGACCUGGACCGGCUGCACGUCGCCCAUCUGCUGGGUGCGGGAGGCGGGUGGUCUGUAGAGCCUCAGCCUGACCUGCAGGGCCCGGCCCGGCGGGGAGCCACCGGGCGGCCGAGGGCCCGGGAGAAGCAGAGAGCGGCCGUCAGAGGAGAGAAGCGCUGGCAGGAAGACCUGGUCCGACUGCGGCCCUAUCCGCUGAAGUCCCAGAGGACCGUGGUGGGCGCGGAGAAGAAGGGGGCCGGCAAGGCCGGGGGCCUGCCCCGUCCUGCCCCGGGUCCCCCCGAGAAGAGUAAGGGGAAGCGGAGGUCUUCGAGGAAGACGGGCGGUGGCCGCCGUCCCAACCCUCGGGUGCGAGGAGACCUGGACAUGGGGACGCUCUGGGCUUCUGCGGGCGGGGUCGUGCUCCUGGGCGACCAGGAGAGGGACGGCGCCCCGGGCAGGAGGAGGUCGCCGGCGAGGAUGGCUCGCCUGGCUCCGGGCCCAAUGAACGACGGUCUGGGCCAGGAGGACAAUCCGGAACUGCCGUGGCCGGUCGAUGUGCCCUGCGGAAGGGGAGCCUCGCCCCCGGUGUCCCCACCCCAACGCCGGGAGGGGAGCAAGUGGAAGAGGGAGCUGGAGUCCGUGUUCAGAGAGCUGUUCAGUACCAACCGGAAGCUGAAGACGUACCUGGAGGCCAGGCCGGGGGCGGACAUGUGCCCCAGCGAGGAGCUGGGCUUCCCUGAGCCGUGCGGGUGCCAGGGGGAGCCCUGCUGGGAGAGGCGGGCGGGCGACCUGCUCAUGGAGCUGGCCCCGGGUCCAGCCCAGGCGGACGCCCGCCCCGCGGUGCCCAGCACCAACCUGAAGGAGCUCCUGUGCCAGCUCAAGGACCGGCAGUACCGGAGGCUGGUCGAGCCCCUGCUGUCGGACGAGGGGUACCUGGCAUCGCACCCCGAGGAGGAGAGCCCGCUCUGGUGCGGCCUCAGGCCCAGGCAGGAGCCGCCCCGCCCCGACAUGCUCCUGUCGCAGCUUCGCCCGCCGGCACAGGUGGGCAGAGCCCGCUCGGAGCCGGCCUGGCCCAAGCAGAGCCGGGAGCAGAGAUGGCGACCACAGCUGGUGGAGGUGCUCGAACUCCCGCAGCUGAGCUGGGAAGCCCUGGGCCGGCCCCCGAUGGAGCCAGGAGAGGAGAUGACGGAGACGGAGACGGAGCCGGAGACAGGGCCACAGAUGAGCGCUCACCCAGCUCACGCCCCGGCUCACGUCCCGGCUCACGUCCCGGCUCACGUCCCGGCUCACGCCCCGGCUCACGCCCCGGCUCACGCCCCGGCUCACGUCCCGGCUCACGCCCCGGCUCACGUCCCGGCUCACGCCCCGGCUCACGUCCCGGCUCACGUCCCGGGGCCCCGCUCUCCGGACCUGGAGGAGGCCGGGAAGUGUGAGCGCAGCACCCCCGCCCCGCCGGCCGCAUCCCCGCCGGCCGCCAGCAGCGAGGAGGAGGACGACAAUGACACCACGCACAGUCAGAUGAUCCGUGACCUUGAAGAGCAAAUUUUGGAGCAAAGCAAGUCGCACAAGCAGUUCCUCGAGCAAGCCAGGAGGCGCCUGCAGGAGUUUCAGUGUUAGCACCACCCGGUCAAUACAGCACUGACCUCCGGGUGUGGGCCCGGACGGACCGAGGGGUGAGACGGACCUGUGUCUGCGUCGCCGGCCCGUCACUCAGCCCCAGUCCCACCCGGGAGGGCCCCUCAGCGAGGAAGCAGGGCCCGGUGGGGGCGGGUCCGGGUCCGGUUCGGCCCAGCGCGCAGAGGCGUGUCCCCGAGCCACCAGCUCAGAGGAGGGGUUCAGGUCAAGUCAGCGCUCAGAGGUCUUCAGACCCAUAAACGCUGGACUCGCGGGGCCCCCACGGUCAGGCAGGCAGCGGCAGAAAGGCAUCGCCUGCACGGAGAUGUCACCUGAACCUCCCUCAGUCCUUCACACCAACGGGACCCGCAUCAUCCGCCAGGAUGUCACUCAGUAACGUUCUUUUUUGUUGUGACUCCUCACCCGGGGGCAUUUUUUUAUUGAUUUUUAGAGAGAGUGGAAGGGAGGGGGGAGAGGGAAACAUCGGUCUGAGAGAGACACAUCGAUUGGUUGCCUCCCGCACGCGCCCGGCCAGGGCUGGGGCUGGAGCCUGCAACUGAGGGGUGGGCUCUUGACCGGAAUGGACCCCAGGACCCUUCAUUCCAGGGGCUGAUGCUCUAUCCACUGGGCCACCCCUGCUAGGGCUCGUAGUGACAUUCCUGUAGCGAAUAUUAAGUUGGAGGAAGACAGGAAGGGAGUGAGAAAGGGAAGAGCAGGGGGAGAGACCAAAGGAGGAAGGAGAGGAAGAGGAGGAGAGAGACAGAGGGAAGUGGCGCCCAGCCACUAAGCCUAGUGGGUGACCCUCUGGGCUGCCUCUGGUGGGAACCUGGGUGUCUGUCAGUCCCCCCCCCCCCCCCCCCCACUCAGCCGCGUGGAAACCCCACACUGGGUCGGGUUUCGUCUGCCAGUUGCAUCCUCAGGGACCGGGACAGAGGGGCAAACAUUUUCUGCGAAGAGCGAUAGAAGCUAGUUUAGGCGCUCUGGCUCCACAG